UAAAAUGGCAGUAUAAAUUUUGUCUCUACGAAUAAACAUUACAAAGAAAAUAAAAGAGAAGAAGAAGAAGAGAAAAGAUGAAAGCAGAAGAUGAAUAAAAGAAGAUUAUAAGAAAUAUAUAAAAAAUGAACUCUAGGUCAUCGAUCUACCUUCUUCUACUCCUGCUAAUGGCUACUACUGACGGCCUGUGCCCGGAUAAGUGCUUGUGUAAGUGGAAAGGGGGUAAGGAAACUGUAGAAUGUGUGAAUGCCUCCUAUUCAAGAUUACCACACCUGGAUUCAACUACACAGGUUAUGGAUCUUUCAUUCAACAACUUGGGGAGAAUUAGAGAAAACACAUUCAGUUCCUUGGAUCUACUGAACCUGCAGAAAAUAUUUCUGAGACAGUGUAAUAUAAGAGAAGUUAAUGGAAGAUGUUUUCAAGGAAUGACAAAUUUAGUUGAACUAGAUCUCAGCUACAACCUACUUCAGAGUAUUCCUCAAGAUGCGCUGUCCGAUUGUCAAUUUUUGAUGAUCCUCUCACUUACUGGUAACCCCAUUCGUGAAGUGAGUCGGGCACAACUGACACCUCUCAAAUACUUGCAAACACUGGACUUGUCUGCUUGUCAAAUUGUGGAGAUUGAAGCUCAAGCCUUUGUUGAUUUAAAACAUUUACUUUGGUUGCAGUUGGAAAACAAUCUGAUUGAAAGGUUGGAUCCACAGUCAGACCUUCCUAAGAACACCAGAGGGAUUUCGUUUAAUGGAAACCGAUGGAAAUGUGACUGUAAACUAAUUGGACUAAGAGAUUUUUUGCAAAAUAGAACAGUUUCAUUCCAAGUUGAUCCCAUCUGUUCUUCCCCGGAAAGAAUCAGUGGACAACUCAUUCGAGAACUUCCUGACUAUGAAUUAGCCUGCAUUCCGAAAGUUUCUCCAAGUUCCUCCUUUGAAGAGGUUAUCAGUGGGAAGAAUAUAAGUUUAGUUUGCAUGGUAGACAGCAUCCCAUCAAGUAUAAUUACAUGGAGGUAUGAAGGUCUACAGAUUAGCAACGGCUCAACCAUGGUCAGCGAUAUUGAUUUGAGAAGCUACUACUUCACAACUACCAGAACUGGUCCAGGUGUACUAACUAGUGAACUGUUCCUACUGAGAACAAGUAAGGAUGAUAAUGGGAGGUUCCAGUGUGAGGCGGAGAAUAAGGCAGGAAAAGCAAUUGGAAACUUUUCGGUAAUUGUUGUAAAACCUGAACCUCCCUUCUCUCCAGAGGCUAAGAAGGUUGAGGAAGAAAGGUUUAAGCGGGAAUACUUUGUUGUGAUUGGAGUGGCUGCCAUUAUUAUAAGUAUUCUCACAAUCACCAUUUCCAUGAUCCUUAUUGUAAAAUGUCGAAGAGUUAGAAGAAACUGUCCUCAAACCGGACCCCACCUUUACCAGUGUUCCAUUAAUAAUAGUACAUUCUCCAGUGAUAAAACCUUGAUGACUAUUCAAACAUCAAAAACUAACUGUAUCCCAGAUGAGACGUCAGAAUAUGCUGCAUCAUACACCAAAAAUGAGCUGUCAUAUGAACAAAUGAUGGACGAAAGCCUAAACAAAAAUGAUAUUAUACCAGCGGAUAAGUUCCCAAAUGGACCAUGUAGUAUCCUGAAGAAAAGUUACAGUAUUGUAUCUUUCAGGGAUCCAACAAUUGUUAAUAUUGAUAAAAGUGAAGUUACUCUUUUUAAUCAUAUAAUUCACAAAGAACCCCAAGUUAAUAAAGACAUUCCACUUCAAACAGGAAGAAAUAACACAGAUUCCAUUACUCCUCUUCAAUCUUUACAUGAUGCUAAAUUAUCUAACGAUAGAAUUGUAGAGGAGGAUAUCCCCGGCUUCCAUAGUACAAAAACAUCUCAAUUACUGCUGCUAGAGAGUAAUGAGGGGGAGGAGAUAAGAGCCGGAGAUGGUAAAAUAGACAAUCACUGGCAUUUUUCUACUUUACCAAAGAAAAAGUUUAUAAAAGAAAGUAGUGGAGUGUCGGAUAAGCUCAGCUUGAAUCUUCAACAUUUUAUUCCUAUUCAAAGAUGUGAAGAAUUGAUACUACCCCCACCUCCACAAUUCAAGGGGGUUCACUUUGAAGCAGGAGUAGCAGAGCAAAAAUGUAGUAUACCUACUGAGGGGCUUCCCUCACUACCAGCAAGACCGGAAAGAACCGUUGAAUCAAACAAUUCUAUGUUUUAAACAACAAAACAACUUAGAAGUUUGGAGACCAAAACUUUUGUGUCUUAAAUCUCUGAUUACAAGUCAAAACUCGAACUAAACCUUGACACAGGUGCCGGAGAAAUGAGUUUGAAUUUCUCAGAUUUAAGGCGAUUUAAAUGUUUAUUUAAGAAUUUUUCCACUGGAUUAUAAGUCAGUCCUUGAAGCCAAGCUUGUCCUAACCAAAGUUUCAGCCCUGUAUAAGAAAUGUUUAUCUAGUUGUGAGGAUUUUAAACAAUGCAAAGUGAAGAACGUGCUAUGAAGAGAAUAUAUAUGAUUGAUGGAAUAAAAACUAAUCUUCUGAAAGGAUCUUGUUACUACCUGAAAAUCCAUUUCAAGAUUGGGAGAGCAUGGGCUUGAAAUUAAAGGUUGAGAGAGAAUAAUAGAUUUAACUCCGAACUUGGAUCCUUUACUCUAAUAUCUAGACACACUCAAACUUGUGAUGUUCAUAUUUUUCGAGAACUUGGGACUAGAAUUCUAACAGAUACUUUAAAGAUUUUGUUGACUAAGGACUCAAAUUAAACAUUAAUUAAAGAAAAACUUAUUGAUUCUAAUUAAAUGAAACAUUACACUAGAUAAACUAAACUAUUCAAAACAGAUGAAAUUUGUACAACAGAUAAACUAAACUAUUCAAACCAGAUGAAACAUGUACAACAGAUAAAUUAAAGUAUUCAAACCAGAUGA